AUGACCGAGCCGAUUUAUGUUGCAAUUCCGAUCACACCCAAGGUCGACUUGACCGGUUUACCGGACAAGUUUUUAGGCCAGUUUUCCAAACGUUGGCAACAACGAAUGAAAAUUUGGUUGACGAUGAAAGGACUCUUCUCAGUGAUUCAGGUGAUCAGACCUCAACCUACUAAUACCGAUCCCAAAACUGCUGAGAUAGCGCAGUGGACAGAAAGGGAUCAAAUAGGCAGAGGAGCGAUUUUAUCAGCCUUGUCAAAUAAGCUCUUCAAUGUCUAUUGUUCCGGUUCUUACAUUGCUAAGUCUCUGUGGGAUGAGUUGGAUCGAAAAUAUAAUAUUGAAGAGCAAGGGCUCGAAAAGUAUUCUGUUUCCAAGUUCAUGAGGUAUCAAAUGGUUGAGGAUCGGUUUGUAGCUCAACAGACUCAUGAGAUCAUCAACCUUGAGCAUCCUCUGGCUGAUGCUGAGAUGAAGCUUCCCGAGAAGUUUCUGAUCAUGUCUAUAGUGGAAAAAUUUCCCAAAUCCUGGAAAAAUUUUGGCAUGAAACUCAAGCAUCAGAAAGGGAGAUUGUCUCCUGAUGAUCUUAUGAUUGAUAUCAGCAUUGAGGAAGAACAUAGAAAUCAAAUGCACAAGAUGCCUGUUGAACAUCAACCAAGGGCCAAUCUUGGGGAAACAAAAAGUGAAUAA